AUUAAAGUGUUUAAGCAAAGCAAACAAAAAACAAAAUCAUAAACCGAAAGGUGAAAGAAAAAAGGAAUAAAUAAAUAUGGAUCGGACAAUGUAUGGCAAAAUUGAUCCAGGCGCUCGUCAGCCUUAUCGCACAAUACGUUCCAAGGGGAUUCAACCAGGUUAUGCGCUACUUGCCGAUUUGCAGAAUAGUGUUCCCGGUCAUCAACCGCAGCAUUAUGGAGCUACAACUCAAACAGUCGUAACGUCUGUGCAGCAGCAACAACGACAAGUACCGCAACCACAGCACAAUUAUAUAGAAUCUUCAUCGGGCUAUGGCAGUCUUCGGGGUAAAGCUCCACCAACACAGCCUGUCUAUCAAGAGCAUUAUUCGGAGACACGUACAUCAGUAUCACCAUCUGGCGGUUACAAUGGACCGGCUAAUUCCUCCACCAUAUCAUCUAGUCAACAAUAUCAAAAUCAAGGAGCCAUACCACGUCAACCUUAUAAUGGCAUGAAUGGCGGAGGGCCUUCGCAGCAACAAAAUACCGCAAGCAAUUUAUCAGAAUUGGAUUCGUUGUUGCAAGACUUGAGCAGCGCCCGUUACAAUGGCAAUAGUUACGAUAGAAAAGAUACCUCGGGACCACCCGGUUUCCAUAGUUCACCAUCAUCGAAAUACAAUACCUAUAAUAGUUACGCAUCAGUAGAGGAACGUCCAACUGUAGAUAGUUUAUUAAACGAAAUGGACAAUGCUUCACUGUAUGCUGUCCCCAAUGGAGUCCGCGGUAAAUCGCCGACGCCAGGUCGACACGUCACAAUUACAGUACGUGAGACAAAAACUGAGAACAUUGGAGGACCCGAAGGCCCAGUGAGACAAUUGGAGGAAAAGGUCGUCAGACAAAAGGACUCUUUUACACCAAAUAACUCAUCUCAUCAGGCAUAUGCUUCAUCGGCUACAAAGGAAUUAGAUGAUUUGAUGGCUUCCCUUUCCGAUUUUAAGGUAAACAACGGUUCCAAUCACUAUCACCAGACGAUUACAGACUACGCCAAACCAAACAAGGGCACUUCACAUCUAACGCAGACCAUAACCGAAACCACCACUUCUACCGUAGUAGAAGACAAUCAACCGGACCAGUUGGAUUCUAUGCUAGGAAGUUUACAGGCGAAUAUGAAUCGUCAAGGUGUUAAUACUGUACAAAAGGGCUGCUGCAACGCCUGUGAGAAACCCAUUGUGGGCCAAGUCAUUACUGCUUUGGGCAAGACCUGGCAUCCGGAGCAUUUCACGUGCAACCACUGCAACGAGGAAUUGGGCACACGCAACUUCUUCGAACGCGAUGGCUUCCCCUAUUGCGAAAAGGACUACCACAACCUCUUCAGCCCUCGCUGUGCCUAUUGUAAUGGUGCCAUUUUGGAUAAAUGUGUAACGGCUUUGGAUAAAACCUGGCACACAGAGCACUUCUUCUGCGCUCAGUGCGGCCAACAAUUUGGCGAAGAUGGCUUCCAUGAACGCGAUGGCAAACCCUACUGCCGCAAUGACUACUUUGACAUGUUUGCACCCAAGUGCAAUGGCUGCAACCGGGCCAUUAUGGAAAAUUAUAUCUCAGCUUUGAACUCGCAAUGGCAUCCAGACUGCUUCGUCUGCAGGGAUUGCAAAAAGGCAGUCAGAGGUAAAUCGUUCUAUGCCAUGGAAGGCAAACCCGUCUGUCCAUCCUGUGUGGGUGUCGAUGAGGAGGAAUAAAUUCCAAAAUAGAAUUUCAUUAUUUUUCGCCUUUAUUGCUAUCGAAUUUUUUCAACGUUUAACGAAAUUGCUUUUGUUUUUCUCAACAAAUCCAAGAGAGAGAGAGCACCACAAGAUUUUCAAAAAAUCUUGUCGAAAUCGUCAUCUAUUUUUGUUGGCCUUUUUCUGUUUGUUUGUUUCUAAAGCUGAAAACAUCGCAAUAUCAACCCCAUCAGCAUAAGCAGCGACUAAAACAACAUCAGAUUGAAAUCGGUAACGCUGCAGAAACAACAUAGCACCAAUAAAAAUUGGAAAAGAAAAAAAAAACAAAAAAACAAUCGCGCGCGCCUACACAAAUUUUCAAAUUUUAAGAAUCCGUUGAAGAAAAUCAAAAUGCAAACAUUAUGAAAUUCUAUUUAUUGGAUAACAACCAGCUUCUUUGACGUUUUUCGAGUUCGACCAAGAAAUGAAAGGCAGGCAGGCAGUGAUGAUUGGCUCUACAGACCACUCAUCAACCGCCGCUCCCAAACACAAACCCUCAAACCCAAACAACAACACCAGCCACAUGUUUGCGCCGAUUCUUAGCAAAGAAUUGACCUCUUGUGUGGCUGGCAGAUGAUGAUGUCCCUUUGCCCAUGUUAUGAAGUGUCUUUUGUUACAUUUUCUAUGACCUGUCCCUCCCCCCGCCCCAUAUCUUGUGUCACACAGAACUUCAUGAGAACCCCUUCAAACAACACAAAACAAAAACUAACCACCAAUCAAGCAGUUUUAUAAAUUAGGCAUAAGUAUAGGUACUUAAUCUUAUUAUCUUUUUUUAAUUAAACUAUAAACAAUAUUGUAAUUUUAUUUAUUUGUAAAUAAAAUAUUAAAAAAAAUCAAAAAAAAACAACAAUACACAAAAAGCAAAAAAGAAAUAUAAACAAAACCACAAAAACAUAAACAAAACCACAUUCACACUCGAGAUUUGCAGGCCUUGGCGAUGGCGAUUGCAAGGUCCUGGCUUCGUUUGGCUAAGGUCCUUCGAUUGUCACCCAUCGUUGGCUUAAGGCGUGACCUUCACCAUGGUCAGUACACGCCGUCUGAGUUAACAUCUGCGCCCUUGCACUUGGUCGGGAUUUGGUGUACCUUCCUUUGGGUCAUGGCCCCCUCCCCGUGCAUACCAUGUCUCAGGGUGUGUAUGUGUGGGUGUUUUUUGUUUAUUAUUCUCGUGCUUCGUGUUAGGCAUUACAUCAUGCCUAUAU